CUGUUCAGGCCUCUUGUUUCAUUUGACGGAAUCGUGUCGAGUGGUUAUUCAUAAUAAAUUCACUGAUGUGGGUUCUCUAUCGUUAGUUUGCCUAUAUGAGAUGUAUUUGGAUAAAAAAGAAAGGAAUUAUUUUCCGCUAUUGGCGUUAUAAGACUUUAAUACUAAUUUGUUUAGUGAUUUUUUCUAGUGUUUUUGUCAAUACAAUUCAUUCCCGCGUUAUUUAAGAGAUUAGCCGUUGUUAAAGUUCAAAACGUCUACCCUUUUAAAAUAUAGUGAUAUCAAUAUAAUAAAGAAAAUAAUAUAAAAAAGCUUAAUGUAUGAAAUAAUUGUUUAUAUCCGUUACUUUUUGAACUUUUUCUUAUUUGUUCAAGUGGUAUCUGUCAUAAAUUAGAUAUUGUGAAACUAAAAAUAUUUAAGGAUUUUACUCACAUUUAAAAAAGAAAUUUAAAAAUUUAUUCGUAUGUCAGCCAUAGCAACAAGCAACAUAGAAAAUAGCUCAGAAGCCUUUUCGGGUGAUCCAAGACAAGAGGAUAGUCAGAUUUUGACUGAGCUAAACGAUGUUGAACUGGUAAUGAGUCUGUCUUCAAAAUCAGUUGAAUCUAACUCGAUUUCUGAAGAUCAUCAACAACAAAUUUUGAAACAGACAUCCGCAGCACUAUCAUCGCAUAUAGACAAGGUGGCAACAGUUGCGAUCACUCAUCAGCAGUAUAGCAUUUCAAAUUUGGAGCAUUUACAAAAUUUACAUAACCAACAUAAUAGUCAAAGUUCAUAUUUUCACAACCAUUCUACACCAUUUAGUGUAACUGAUAUACUCAGCCCUAUUGAAGAAUCUUAUCGAAAACUGGAAAUUAGCGGCAAUCCUCCAUCACCUUACCGAUCAAAUUCAAGCCGCAGCAGUAUUAAUUCACCUAGCACUUUGGGACCAUCAGCAAUGGCAAAUCCUUACACUAUGAGUUCAAUUUAUCAUAGUCCAGGAGUUCAAAGUUAUUGUGGGCCUACAGAAAACUUAUCUUUGGCAGGACAUUAUAGCGAUAUGCGAACUUCAACAUCUUGGUAUGGUACCACAGCAAAUGAUCCUAGAUUUGCAAUUUCACGUCUAAUGGGAGGAUCUGCGUCCGGUUCUAUGGGACAUAUGGCAAAUAUGGGAAGUUUGGCUACUUGUUCUGUAAGCGAUGCUAAGUCUUUACAGUUUCCUUUAACACAAAGAAGAAAACGGCGAGUAUUGUUUACCCAGGCUCAGGUUUAUGAGUUGGAAAGAAGAUUUAAACAACAAAGAUACUUAUCUGCGCCCGAACGAGAGCAUUUAGCAAGCUUGAUACACUUAACACCAACACAGGUUAAAAUCUGGUUUCAAAAUCAUAGAUAUAAGUGCAAAAGACAAGCUAAGGAAAAAGCAAUGGCAGAACAAAAUCAACAAAAUCAGAUAUCCGACAGUACCUUAGCCAAUUUAACGCCCUCUUUAUCGCCGAUAUUUCAGCGUGAAGGAUACUACAUUCAAAUUCCUUAA